AUGGAGUCGCCUCAAGUUGCGGACAGUGAUGGUUCUCUAGACAAAGUGGACGAUAGUCAUAGCGAAUCUCCUCAUAAAGAACAAGGUAUCUCAGUCUCUGAAGAAGAGGUUAAACAGCUCGAACCCAUAAAUGGACAUGAAGUUGAUACUGGUGAGAAAAGACAACGUAAGAAGGUUCAGAGAUUAUCUGAAACAUGGAAUCGAGCCCAUGAGGCCAAGGAAGAGGAACGGAUCAAAGCAGUCCAAGCAGUCUCAGCAGCAUUUGAGGGGGCUACAGGGACGGCACUCGGUGAGAUCCCACUCAUUGAAGCUUCCAUACGAAAAGCAAAACCUGCUAGCCUCAAAUCACUGCAUUUAAUAAUAUAUGGUAGACCUGGCUCUGCAAGCAAAAUACGUAGUAAUCUACGCAAAUUUCGAGGUUUCGGUUUCGAAAUGGGUUCUGAACCGUACGAAAAAAAAUCAACAUAUAUUCAACAACGCCCUGCUUGUGAUCUACGCGAAGUUCUCCGCAUCUUAAACCUAGAAGUUACAGGUACUCGAGAACAGUUGGCCUCUCGCUUACUGGAAUUCCUACUCAAACCAACCGCUAAUUCUGUGAAAUGUAAAGGAAAGAUCGUUAAAAAAUAUAAACAAAAAAAUAAAUCUAAAGAUAUUACCUCUAAAAAAUCGAGAUCAAAACCAUCGAAAAAGAACACUAUCUCAAAUGAACCUAGCAUAGAUAAUUCAAGUCAGCAGGAUAUUGAUGAACCUGAUGAUAUGUCGUCUGAAUCUGAGAACUCAGAAAGUGAUAUAUCAGAUGCAGCUGAAUCAAUCGAAAAAAAGCAGCCACCAAAGAAACGUGCUUUAAGUCAACGACAAAAACAGAAACCUGUUAAACCUAGUAUUAAACGAGCUAAAAAACAUGAACUUAGUGAUACAGAAGAUGAAAAUGAUCAUAAACAUAUUCCGACUAAAAUGAAAAAAGAACUUGAUUCUGAUGAAGAAAAUGUUCCUCUGUCUAAUUUAACAUCCACAAAAGUAACUACUCCUCCAACUGAUUCUGAAUUAAAGAAAAAUAUAAUUGAUCUACUUAAAACAGUUAAUUUAGAAGAGACAUCUCUUAAAGUUGUCCGAGAAAAGAUUUUUGCUAAUUAUCCUAAUAUUGACUUAUCUGAUCGCAAGGAUUUCAUUAAUGCCACUGUUAAAGAGUUCUUGGCUCAUUCUUGA